AACAGCUGUAGGUUCCUUCGGCCUGGAAUUUUAGGAUUAGGUGGACAUUUUGCAGAAGAUAUCGGUUCCUUGCCUUAUAAUCCAACAGUGACACGGUGGAAAUGGCUGACAUGUUCCAGUUUGCGAUUGAUCGUGGUGGUACCUUUACUGACAUCUGGGCUAGAUGUCCUGGAGGUGAAGUAAAAGUCAUGAAGCUGUUAUCCGUAGACCCUAAAAACUACCCUGAUGCCCCCAGGGAGGGCAUUCGGCGCAUCAUGGAGGAGGUAGGGGGGCAUAUCCUCCCCCCAGAUGAGCCGCUGGACUCUGCCCAGAUUGACUGGAUUAGGAUGGGGACAACAGUGGCCACCAAUGCCUUACUGGAGAGGAAGGGGGAACCUAUGGCUCUGGCCAUCACCAAAGGCUUCAGAGAUCUCCUACACAUAGGCAACCAGGCACGCCCCAACAUCUUUGAUCUGGAAAUUGUGUGUCCGGAACAGUUAUAUGAGGAUGUGAUAGAGGUCGAGGAGAGAGUUGUGUUCCAGCAGGAUAAGUGUGAGAUCAGAAAAACCUGUCCUAUUGUCACUGGUACAACCGGUGAAAAGCUGGAAGUUUGGCGUACUGUGGAUGUGACGAAGUUACGAAAGGACUUGCAACAGCUAUUAAACCGAGGGAUUCGGAGUCUGGCUGUUGUCUUACUUCACUCCUACACCUUUGCAGACCAUGAGCAAGAGGUUGGACGUGUAGCAAGGGAGAUGGGUUUCCACCAGGUGUCGCUGUCUUCAGAUGUCAUGCCGAUGGUCAGGGUUGUUCCACGUGGCUAUACAGCCUGUGCUGAUGCAUACCUGACUCCCUGUAUCAAGAACUAUGUCGCUGGUUUUGCCUCCGGCUUCCAGGGAGGGGUGAAGGGUACUCGUGUGUUGUUCAUGCAGUCUGAUGGUGGACUCACCCCGGUGGAUCAAUUUAAUGGGUCAAGAGCGAUACUGUCUGGUCCAGCAGGGGGAGUGGUAGGGUACGCCCUCACAACAUACAAAAAAGAGUCUGACCUGCCUGUCAUUGGGUUUGAUAUGGGAGGAACAUCUACAGAUGUAAGUCGGUAUGCUGGACAAUAUGAGCAUGUGUUUGAGACCACUACUGCUGGAGUGACCAUCCAGGCUCCCCAGCUGGACAUCAACACUGUGGCAGCAGGCGGGGGAUCAAUGCUGUUUUUCCGGGCUGGACUGUUCGUUGUAGGGCCAGAAUCAGCUGGGGCAGACCCUGGCCCGACCUGCUACAUGAAAGGUGGACCACUGACCAUCACAGAUGCAAACCUUUGUUUGGGGAGAAUCCUGCCAGACUAUUUCCCUAAGAUCUUUGGAAAGACACAAGAUCAACCUCUGGAUGAACGAAUGACACGGAAGGCCUUGCAGAAGUUGACCAGAGAGGUUAAUGAGUUUCUGUUACAUCAACAUGGCACAGAGAAACACCAGCCAAUGACAGCAGAGGAGGUUGCUAUGGGCUUCAUUCGUGUUGCUAACGAGACCAUGUGUCGACCAAUCAGAGCUCUUACACAGGCCAGAGGUCAUGACACGUCACGCCAUGUACUUGCCUGUUUUGGUGGAGCGGGGGGACAACAUGCCUGUGCUAUAGCCCGAUCACUGGGGAUGACACAGGUGUAUGUUCACAGGUAUGCUGGUAUUCUGUCUGCCUAUGGUAUGGCAUUGGCUGAUGUGGUUCAUGAGGCUCAGGAGCCAUGUGCCAGGAAAUACGACCAAAGUUCUUUUGCUCACCUAGACAGUCGCAUUGAACACCUGAGUGAAGGAUGUACACAGGAACUAUUGAAGCAGGGAUUUGACAGAAAACAGGUAGAGACCCUCCCCUUCCUACAUAUGCGGUACGACCGGACAGACUGUGCCCUGAUGAUUUCUACAGAGGGGCAUCCUGCUGGACCAGGGACUUGUAAACACGGAAACUUCCGAACAGCAUUCCAGGAAAGAUAUCAGACUGAGUUUGGUUUCACUAUACCUGACCGACCGAUUGUUGUUGAUGACAUAAGGAUACGAGGGGUUGGUAAAACGUUUGUCAGUUUAGAGGAAUCGACAGCUGAAGUCACAGAACCACCAAGGGUGGAAAAGGUCACCCGCUGCUAUUUUGAAGAUACAUAUUACAACACAAAUGUGUACUUACUGGAGGAUCUAGGGAGGGGUCAUAUGAUUGAAGGUCCUGCCAUCAUUAUGAAUGGAAACAGUACAAUUUUGGUGGAACCAGCCUGCACUGCGUCAAUAACAAAAUACGGGGAUGUCAAAAUGAAGAUUGGAAGUGGAAAGUUACAGGAGAUAGGUCCAGAACUUGAUGCUAUCCAACUGUCCAUCUUCUCUAACAGAUUCAUGAGUAUCGCCGAGCAAAUGGGACGGGUGCUGCAGAGGACAUCUAUCUCCACAAAUAUCAAGGAGCGACUGGACUUCUCAUGUGCCAUGUUUGGUCCUGAUGGGGGAUUGGUAGCCAAUGCUCCACACAUACCUGUACAUCUGGGCGCCAUGCAGGAAACUGUCCAGUAUCAGCUUCGGCAGCUAGGAACAGGUAUACGUGAUGGUGAUGUGAUCCUGUCCAACCACCCCCAGGCCGGGGGGAGUCAUCUACCAGAUCUUACAGUCAUCACCCCGGUAUUUUAUCAAGGUGUGACCAAACCUGUUUUCUUUGUGGCAAGCCGUGGACACCAUGCAGACAUAGGGGGGAUAACUCCAGGCUCAAUGCCUCCACACUCUAAGUCUAUAAAUGAGGAGGGAGCGGUGUUUAGAUCCUUCAUGUUGGUCAAAGGAGGGGUUUUUAUGGAGGAAGAGGUGACAGCAGCCCUGAUGGAGCCCAGCAAGUAUCCAGGUAGCAGUGGCACCAGGAAUCUCCAUGACAACCUGAGUGACCUCAAGGCCCAGGUGGCUGCUAACCAAAAGGGUAUCAGACUUAUCAAUGAACUGAUAGACGAGUACGGUCUGGAUGUUGUACAGGCCUAUAUGGGACAUAUACAGGCAAAUGCUGAGGUAGCUGUACAGGAAAUGUUAUGUGAAAUUGCACGCAAAACCAAACAGAAGACUGGACGGUCGAGACUGACGGCAGAGGAUUUCAUGGACGACGGGUCAAAGAUUGCUCUAGAUGUGGAGAUAGACGAAACAAAGGGAACAGGAUUGGUUGAUUUUACUGGAACAUCAUUUGAAGUCCAUGGCAACUGUAAUGCUCCAAGGGCAGUAACUCUGUCAGCCUUGAUCUACUGUCUGAGAUGUAUGGUUGGCCAUGAUGUACCUCUAAACCAGGGCUGUCUUAAGCCUGUCAGAGCAAUCAUACCCAGCGGUAGUAUCCUUGACCCUUCAGAGAGUGCAGCUGUUGUCGGGGGAAACGUUCUUACCUCUCAACGAAUCGUGGAUGUGAUACUAAAGGCUUUUGGAGUCUGUGCUGCCUCACAGGGCUGUAUGAACAACAUCACCUUUGGUGACGAAGCAUUUGGACACUAUGAGACGGUGGCUGGAGGAGCAGGGGCAGGUGCGACUUGGGACGGAAGGAGCGGAGUCCACAGUCACAUGACCAACACGCGGAUCACAGACGUGGAGAUUCUGGAGAGGAGGUAUCCUGUAAUUGUGAAGCGGUUUCACCUCAGUCCUGGAACUGGAGGUAGGGGGCAGCACCGUGGUGGUGAUGGCGUAAUACGAGAGUACCUGUUCAGAAAGAGUCUGACACUCUCUAUACUGACCGAGAGGAGAGUAUUCAGGCCCUAUGGACUCGAGGGUGGUGAGCCAGGACAUCUGGGAAAGAACCUCAUGUACUACGCUGAUGGACGAAUUGUCAACCUUGGCUCCAAGACCUCUGUGGACUGCCAGGCAGGGGAUCCGGAAAUUGCAGUAUCCGUUCCCUCGUGGUUGGUGGACUGUCAGACGUUUUCCUGCUACAGACUCCCGGGGGUGGUGGGUAUGGUCCCCCGGAGGAGGGUGAGGCCAGUGAGGAACACCAUGGACAGAGGAAGAGGAGGAGAGUAGACACACCCUCUAGUGUAGUGGGGCGGGGCAGUGUUUACGAGUACAAAAGGACACAAGAGUCAGCGUAAAUUACACUUAGAUGUGUACAGGGUGCACCAUGUGACGUAUGGACCUACAUGAUGGAACGAUCUCAUUUAUAUUUACGCAUUUUUGAUGUUUUGUAUUAAUGUCAUUUGGAUGCUUUUCGCGUGGAGGUAUGUUUUAUUGAAUAAGCGUUUUUUGCUGCCAUUAUAUUAAUUUGGUGUAUUGAACUUCUGACAUACUCAGAGAGGGGAAAGGAAUUGUUAACCCUUUCCGAAUAUGUGUCCAUAAGGACGAGAACUCUUCGAAAAAACCCAGCUCACUAUGUGUAUCUCUUUCUGUAUUAUGACUUCCAUAUUCGUUCUCGCAAGAAAAAUGUUUGACAAAAACAAUUGAAAUUCAUUUAAUAUGAAGGAUAUACUAAUAAAGAUUACUGUAAGGGUAAAGUAUUACAUCAGCGUUUUUUUUGCUUAUUUUUUUUCAUUAAUUUUAUUCAGAUUUGAUACGUUUUAGUGUGGUGUUAAUGACUUCUAAAACUACACGUAAAUAUGUUAUUAAUGAAUUGUCUAUACCAUACCUGGUUUAUAUGUAUCAUCGUAUAUUUGUAUGACUGUGUUUUCUAUGUUUGUGUGUACAUUAACACUUAUAACAGCUCCUGUUUUAUCUCCACACCUAUUGACUCCACUCUUUUGUAACAGUCGUUCUCUAUCUGGAUAUAUAUGUUUUAUUUCCUUUUUACAUUUAUUGGGUUACAUGCUGAAGGUGUUAUUUGUGUAUCAUUGUCAAUGUUGUAUGUAGGCUAUACGUAUGGGGUUAACAGGCACACCUUGUUGCUCAGAACCAAGACUAAAAGCAAUGCGGUGUAAGAUGGAAUAGAGUAUACACCCUAACAGUAUGUCCAUGUUAUGUAAGCUUUUAACAGAUCCCCUGUUAAUUAAUCAUAACUAUUUUUUGUUGAAAAUGUUUUUGACUAAUAAAAACAAAAAUGUAAAGCAAAACCUGUUAACACAAAAUGGUCCUUUUUCUUGCCUCCUCGCCUUUGUACAUGUAUAUAUAUUAAGGUCAUAGGAGUGUGUUGCUAAACGGAAAUAGGAAGUACAG